GUCUUUCUCAACUGUGCUGUUACCAUGAAUAAUGGAAGGCAAGUGAGAAUACCAGAUGUGUUUGGUGGGAGGUGGAGGGGAUGGUUUGAUCAGAUGAUGACUUUGGCUGGCUUUCAUGUCCUUUUUAGGCAAUGAGAAUUCUGACACCAUGCUUUAAAACCUGAUUUUUAGCAUUUUAUAUAUACGUAUUGCAAAUACUUUGACAGAUAUUAGAAAAUGUGUCCAAAACACCUUGAAUUUGCUAGGUCACAGGUGGUUCUCUUCCUGCUAAAGAGAAGCCUCUGUUAUAAAUUAACGUGGUUUUUUGCUAUAAUGCUUUUUUUCCUCUUUUUUUUUUUCUGUGUGUGUGUGUGAACGUUCCAGGAUUUGAAGUGGACACUUUGAUUAUAUUGUAAAGACAAUAAGGAGCUAUGGGUUAUGACCCGGGCAUUAAUGAAUUACAAAGGAUGAGUCAUUUUCCAAUGUGAAAGAUGUAAAUCCAGUAAAUAGAAGAUCUGGUUAAGAGUAAGACUCAGGUUCUGAAGCAUUUGAGCAACUUGCUACUGCCCAAGUCAUGACACUCCCAUUUCGAAAAGACUUGGACAAGUACAAAGAUCUUGAUGAGGAUGACAUUCUCGGCAAGCUGUCAGAAGAAGAACUGAAACAGCUGGAAACAGUUUUGGAUGAUCUUGACCCUGAGAAUGCGCUUCUGCCUGCAGGCUUCCGACAGAAGGACCAGACUGCUAAAAAGGCCUCGGGUCCUUUUGACAGGGAACGACUCCUUGCAUUUUUGGAGAAGGAAGCUCUUGAGCACAAAGACAGGGAAGACUAUGUGCCUUUUACAAAAGAAAAGAAAGGGAAAAUAUUUAUCCCGAAGCAGAAGCCUGCCCAGUCUUAUGCAGAAGAAAAAAUUGCUCUUGAUCCAGAACUGGAGGAAGCCUUGACAAGUGCCACAGACACAGAGCUAUGUGACCUCGCAGCUAUACUGGGAAUGUCCAACCUGAUAACAAACAAUCAGUUCUGUGAUAUUGUAGGAAGCAGUAAUGGGGUUGGCAAAGACAGCUUUUCAAAUAUAGUAAAAGGUGAAAAAAUGUUACCUGUUUUUGAUGAACCACCAAAUCCCACAAAUGUGGAGGAGACUCUGCAAAGGAUUAAAGAUAACGAUUCCCGUCUUGUUGAAGUUAAUCUAAACAACAUCAAGAACAUACCAAUUCCAACGCUGAAAGAAUUUGCAAAAGCUCUAGAAACCAACACACAUGUGAAGAAUUUUAGCCUUGCAGCCACCCGAAGUAAUGAUCCUGUUGCUGUUGCUCUUGCAGAUAUGCUGAGAGUAAACACAAAAUUAAAAAGUUUAAACAUAGAAUCAAACUUCAUCACCGGAGUUGGAAUUUUGGCACUGGUCGAUGCACUGAAAGACAAUGAAACACUGACAGAGAUCAAAAUUGAUAAUCAGAGGCAGCAGCUGGGUACUCUUGCAGAAGUAGAAAUUGCCAAGAUGCUUGAAGAAAACACCAAGAUCCUUAAAUUUGGAUACCAUUUCACACAACAGGGACCUCGAGCCAGGGCAGCUGCUGCUAUCACAAAAAACAAUGACUUGGUCUGGAGUAUCCGAGUAAAAAUUUCUGCAAAUACCUUUUCACCUCUCCAGCCAUGAAGCUACAGAGACAGGUUACUCUAAAUGCCCACUUGGGUGUCAAGCACUGAAAACCGAGAUGCUCAGCCUUUCAGUUGUCUUUGUAUGUGACUUCUUUAUAUUGAAAAUAAAAGUCUGCACCUUUCUCCUUUGUCUACACUGUGCUGUCCUACUUCCCCUUCCUUCUUUGUCUGUAACCACGUGAAUAUUGCCUUUAACUGCAUGACUGGAGAAUUUGAAGGCAUUCAGUGAAUCCUGCGUAAAGCCAGAGCAGCAUGUGAGCGUUGGUGGUUUUAUUCAUGGAUCUUUGUUGCUUUUGCAUUUUACGGCAACUGAAUAUUUUUAUUAAUGAAUGGAAUGCUGUAGGCUAUUGAGCAUAACAUCUCAAAGGGUUUUUUAAUUUAGUUUUGUUUGAGUGUGUACAAAUUUGAACGUGUGUAAAGCUUAUUGGGUAUUCUUGAAAGUUUUACAUUGUUUCUUUCAAAGCCAAGCAAACUAUGGCAAUAAAAACAAAGACUAACUUGUUAAAUCUGCUUACUUAAAGUAAAAGAUUGUUUCCUAUAUGGUUCUCAUAGGAAAUAUUUGAAUCUGUUCUUGUGUAAUGGUGGCUAAUAUUAAAUGUUGAUUACUUUAGAUUACUGCAUGAGCCUUUGUACAGCAAAGUAGGGAGCCAUACUACAUACCAAUGGUGCAGAAAUAUGUAGGA